AUGGACACAGAACCACCUCAACGACACUUUCUUGAGGGCAAGACUAUUAUCGUCGCCGGCGCAGGUAUCGCAGGAUCAGCUUUUGUUGUUGCCCUGCGAAAACUGUGGAAUCCUCGAUUGAAAGAACCUACCAUCAUUCUUUAUGACCGCGAUUCCUCCGACGUGACCGCGCAACGUGAAGGAUACACGCUAUCGCUGGCUGGCUACGACAAUUCCGGUGGCCUCGUCGUCCUGAAGAAACUAGGACUUCUUGAAGAUGCAUUGGAGAAGGCCGUCUCUGGCUUGAACAACGGAGGUGCUUUCAAGAUAUGGGGCCCAGCUUGGAAUGAGUACGCAAGCUUUCGGCAUAAACCCGUUGAAGGGCUACCUUCGGCCAGCGUCAGGAUAGCAAGAAAGGACCUUCGGCAGGUGCUCCACAACAACCUUCGACCAACCGAUUCUAUACAAUGGAACUCUUGCUGCAUCUCAGCCCAUCGACUCCAAGACGGCAGAGUGUCUGUUCAAGUCGCACGAGGAUCCGGCGAAAGUGAAGUAAUCUCACAGGAGACUUGCGAUCUGCUGAUCGCAGCAGACGGGGCACACAGUAAGCUGCGGACAUAUCUACGACCUGAAGAUACCCUUGAGUUUGCUGGGGCAAUCUUACGCGGAGGCAUCUCACGAUUCGAUGGGCCUGCACCUACUCCAGUGAACAGAGACUGGGGUUUCAUGCUCUCCGGAACUGGGGUAUCAUGCUUUUUCUCUCCUGUUGAUCAGAACAGCUUGGUAUGGGGUGUAGGGCAUCUCGAGGCGGAUCAAUUACCACGACUAGACCUCAACAACGAAGAGAUGGUGCAGCAAGUAAUUGAGCGAGCCCUCGAGCUUGGCAAAGACCUUCAAGAACCUUUCGGAAAUAUUGUGUCACAUACCGAUCCAAACACGGUUUUCGCUCUCAACGCCCACGAUAAGAAGCCUUUCCGUCACGAGGAGCUGGAUAUUGUUCCAGCCAUUUUCAUAGGCGACAGUAAUCACGCUGUAAGCCCAUUUGCUGGGUUCGGAGCCAAUCUGGCAUUGUGUGAUGCAUGGGACUUAGCAGAUCACUUAUGCAACGGCCAGUCACUGGAUGGAAGCAUGAUAGCUUAUGAUGAAGUCGCAGUACCACGAGCGCUUGCUAUCCUCCAGCGAUCGCGAGAACGACUUAUUUCAGGACAUACAGGCAAUCGCAGAGAGCAACAGCUGCAAAAAAGAGAAGUUAAGCUAGCUUAA